UGUGACUCCAAUUCCAGUUUAUAAGCUCAUUUCUAAGGAUAAAUCAGCACUGUCUGAAGGAAGAGAUGAUCAUGUAGAUGUCAACAUCCUGGGUGCAGCAUAAUGGGAAACGGUGAAUGGGGUGGAACUGGUCUGCAACCUUGAAAGCCAUUCUGAGGACCAUUACCUGGUCAGAGACCGAUCAGUCAUUCAUUGUUUUUUCAACUGUUAUUACUGGAAGCAUAAAGUGGAUUCAUCCUACUGUUUAGUCUGCAACUUGAGUUUCCACCCUUGCAAAUUUUCAAGCAGUAUACAACACAAAGCGGAGCAAUACCACCAGCAGCAAUGGGUGACAUGACAAAUAGCGAUUUUUAUUCAAAGAACCAAAGAAAUGAGGCCAAUCAUGCAGGAGAAUUUGGGUGCACACUUCAGGAUCUGCGUUCCCUCAUGGAACUUCGAGGAACAGAAGCAGUAACAAAAAUUAAAGAGACAUAUGGGGACACCGAGGGCCUCUGCAGACACUUGAAGACCUCACCAAUAGAAGGAUUGCCUGGCACUGUUGCUGACUUAGAUAAAAGAAAGCUAAUUUUUGGGAAAAACUUUAUACCUCCAAAGAAGCCAAAAACUUUCAUACAGUUAGUCUGGGAAGCAUUACAGGAUGUGACUCUUAUCAUCUUGGAAAUCGCAGCCAUCAUAUCUCUCGGGCUCUCAUUUUACCAUCCACCUGGAGAGGAAAAUGAAGAUUGUGCUACUGCAUCAGGAGCAGCUGAAGAUGAGGGAGAAGCAGAAGCUGGUUGGAUUGAAGGUGCUGCCAUUUUGCUCUCUGUUAUUUGUGUGGUACUUGUCACUGCCUUUAAUGACUGGAGCAAAGAGAAGCAAUUCCGUGGGCUUCAAAGUCGUAUUGAACAAGAACAGAAGUUUACUGUGGUCCGAGGUGGACAAGUUAUUCAAAUCCCAGUAGCAGAGAUAGUAGUUGGUGACAUUGCACAGAUCAAAUAUGGUGACCUGCUACCUGCUGAUGGGGUGUUUAUUCAAGGAAAUGACCUUAAGAUUGAUGAAAGCUCUUUAACUGGAGAGUCAGAUCAAGUCCGCAAAUCUGUUGACAAGGAUCCAAUGCUGCUUUCGGGUACUCAUGUCAUGGAGGGUUCUGGAAGAAUGCUUGUUUCUGCUGUGGGAGUUAAUUCUCAAACAGGGAUCAUCUUUACUCUGCUAGGUGCUGGUGGAGAAGAAGAGGAGAAGAAAGAUAAGAAAGUAGAUUCUUCCCAUACCUCCUUCCAUCCUCCUUCAACUACAGAUGGGGCAGCAGGUGCAAAUGCCACUGAUAAUGCAAAUGCCAGCUUAGUCAAUGGCAAAAUGCAGGAUGGAAAUAUGGAGAACAACCAGAAUAAAGCCAAACAACAGGAUGGUGCCGCUGCAAUGGAGAUGCAGCCACUGAAGAGUCAUGAAGGUGGAGAGGGAGAUGACAAAGACAAGAGGAAAGCUAACAUGCAUAAGAAAGAAAAAUCUGUCCUCCAGGGGAAACUGACCAAAUUAGCUGUACAGAUAGGCAAAGCAGGUCUGGUGAUGUCUGCCAUCACUGUCAUAAUUUUAGUAUUAUACUUUACUAUUGAAAACUUUGUCGUCAGCAAGAAGCCAUGGCUGCCUGAAUGCACUCCGAUCUAUGUUCAGUAUUUUGUCAAGUUCUUCAUAAUUGGUGUUACUGUGCUUGUAGUUGCUGUACCAGAAGGACUUCCACUUGCUGUUACUAUUUCCCUUGCUUAUUCUGUAAAGAAAAUGAUGAAAGAUAACAAUCUGGUCCGUCAUUUAGAUGCAUGUGAGACUAUGGGUAAUGCUACAGCCAUCUGCUCUGAUAAAACAGGGACGUUAACAACCAACCGGAUGACAGUAGUACAAGCCUAUACUGGAGAUGUCCAUUACAAAGAGAUCCCUGACCCAGAUUCCAUUUCAGCCAAAACUCUGGAUUUGCUGGUUAAUUCAAUUGCAAUCAACAGUGCUUAUACUACAAAAAUUCUGCCACCAGAAAAGGAUGGUGGUCUACCUCGUCAGGUUGGCAAUAAGACAGAAUGUGGAUUACUGGGGUUUGUCUUGGAUCUAAAGCAGGAUUAUCAGCCUGUCCGGAAUCAAAUGCCUGAAGAGAAGCUCUACAAAGUGUACACAUUUAACUCUGUGAGAAAAUCAAUGAGCACUGUCAUUAAAAUGCCAGAUGAAAGUUUCCGAAUGUAUAGCAAAGGAGCUUCUGAAAUUGUCCUAAAGAAGUGUUCUAAGAUUCUUAAUGCAGCUGGUGAGCCUCGCAUCUUCAGACCCCGUGAUCGGGAUGAGAUGGUGAAGAAAGUGAUUGAACCUAUGGCCUGUGAUGGAUUGAGAACUAUCUGUAUUGCUUUUCGAGACUUCCCCAGCAGCCCUGAACCAGACUGGGACAAUGAAAAUGACAUUUUAACUGACCUGACCUGCAUUUGUGUGGUUGGCAUACAAGAUCCUGUAAGACCAGAGGUCCCAGAAGCCAUAAGAAAGUGCCAGCGAGCUGGAAUUACAGUCCGCAUGGUCACUGGGGACAACAUCAAUACAGCUCGUGCAAUUGCCAUAAAGUGUGGGAUCAUUCAUCCUGGGGAAGACUUCCUCUGCAUUGAGGGGAAAGAGUUUAAUCGAAGGAUCCGAAAUGAGAAGGGAGAUAUUGAGCAGGAACGCAUUGACAAGAUCUGGCCAAAGCUACGGGUCCUUGCUCGUUCAUCUCCCACUGAUAAACACACUUUGGUAAAAGGUAUUAUUGACAGCACUCAAGCAGAUCAGAGGCAGGUUGUAGCAGUGACUGGUGAUGGAACUAAUGAUGGACCGGCACUUAAGAAAGCUGACGUUGGCUUUGCAAUGGGUAUUGCAGGAACUGAUGUGGCAAAGGAAGCCUCAGAUAUAAUCCUGACAGAUGAUAAUUUCAGUAGUAUUGUGAAAGCUGUAAUGUGGGGACGUAAUGUCUACGACAGUAUCUCUAAGUUCCUGCAGUUCCAGCUCACAGUAAAUGUGGUGGCCGUGAUUGUUGCUUUCACUGGGGCUUGCAUUACCCAGGACUCUCCUUUAAAAGCUGUACAGAUGCUAUGGGUCAAUCUGAUUAUGGACACCUUUGCCUCUCUUGCUCUGGCUACGGAACCUCCCACAGAAUCCUUACUGCUAAGGAAACCGUAUGGCAGAAACAAGCCUCUUAUCUCACGUACCAUGAUGAAGAACAUUUUGGGCCAUGCUGUCUACCAGCUCACUCUCAUUUUUACCCUCCUCUUCGUUGGUGAAAAAAUGUUCAAGAUUGACAGUGGCAGGAAUGCCCCACUCCACUCUCCGCCUUCUGAGCACUAUACCAUCAUCUUCAAUACCUUUGUCAUGAUGCAGCUGUUCAAUGAAAUCAACGCACGCAAAAUCCAUGGUGAAAGGAAUGUUUUUGAUGGCAUCUUUAGAAACCCUAUAUUUUGCACUAUUGUACUGGGUACAUUUGCUGUGCAGAUAGCAAUCGUACAGUUUGGUGGAAAACCUUUUAGCUGUUCCCCUUUGAAACUUGACCAGUGGAUGUGGUGUGUAUUUAUUGGAUUAGGUGAACUUGUGUGGGGUCAGGUCAUUGCAACCAUCCCAACAAGUAGGCUAAAAUUUUUAAAAGAAGCAGGUGGACUCACGUUAAAAGAAGAAGUGCCUGAAGAGGAGAUGAAUGAAGAUGUAGAAGAAAUUGACCACGCAGAGAGAGAACUUCGGCGUGGACAAAUCCUCUGGUUCCGAGGACUUAAUAGAAUCCAAACUCAGAUCCGCGUCGUGAAGGCAUUCCGUAGCUCUCUCUAUGAAGGUUUAGCAAAACCAGAAUCUAGAACCUCCAUUCACAACUUUAUGACUCAUCCUGAAUUUAGGAUAGAAGAUUCCCAACCCCAUAUUCCUCUCAUUGAUGACAUAGAACUAGAAGAUCCUGCUCUCAAGCAAAACCCAAGUCCACCGUCUUCACUGAACAAGAACAAUAGUGCUAUCGACAGUGGAAUAAACCUUACAACUGAUACAAGUAAAUCCGCUACCUCUUCUAGUCCAGGAAGCCCUAUCCAUAGCCUGGAGACAUCACUUUAGCUGAAAAUGUCACUGCAAAAAUAUUAAUAUAAAUAAUAUAUACAUAGAAAAAAUAUGUAUAAACAAUGCUGGCUGAGAAGCUGUUUGAACUCUUGUUCAUUUUGAAGAGAGGGGAAAGAAUGAACCUCUGACCAUGCUGGUUUGGGGGGGAUUUACACAUGGCUGAUUUAUAUAUUCCCCUCUUGCUUCCCUCCUGCAGAAACAAACAAUACAAAUGCCCACCUGCAUGAAUGUACUACCCACUUCUAACCCUCCCUUCUUUUUAUUCCAUAAGCAGGAAAUGCAGAGGACUUCUUUGAGACUAUCCAGUUCACUGGUCUGUGAGGUUUUUUUUAAUGCUUGUGUGGCAUGGACUCAGUUGUAUAGAUUAAUUUAAUUUUUUGAAGUUGCAAAAGCAUAACUUGCACAGUAGAUUUGCACCAGUUGGACAGAGGAACCUAAAAUAAGCAUU